AUGGGAACCCGCUGCAGGGCCUCGGGAGCGCGGUGGUAUUCAGACGGGCCUGAAGCAAAGAUACGGGCCCGUCGGCAUCCUAAGGUUUCUGAUGCAUGCCGAAAACGGCGGAAGGGAGAGGGCAUAACGACGUUUAUUCAGCAGCCUGAUGUCGAGGUGCUGCUGCGCAACAGCCGGUCCAUGCUGGCCUUGUCUUCAACCGUCCCGGCGGUAGGCGUCCCAAGAAUGAGGUCGAGAGCAGAAGGACCAGGGCCACCUAUGCGGUUGGCUGCACCAGUCCAGGCGGCCGUGCUGCGCAGGCACACACUCGGUACGGGCCUGGACAUGCAGAUCCUGAUGGGGCCCAAGGUACCGCUCCUGUCGCAUGGUCCAGAGAGAGGUGUGGGGGAGGCGAGCGCUUGCGCCUGCCGGCCGCGCUUUGUAGUAGGAGGAGGGGGUUUCGGGAACCUCGGUACUGAGACAACGGAGGAAUUCGAGUGGGAUGAUGUGAACUGGUUUCUGUCAGGGGUAACGGCUUUCUCAAGGAGGAGUGCGGCCGCGGAUAAGUGA